AUGCUGCAAAAGAAUCAUCACAUCACCUCUUCAUCAUUGAUUGGCAAAAGAACAAGAGAAGAUUCAAGAUCCAUCAUCACGAGCAAUCCUUCUUCCCAUCAUGAAUGGUGGAGAAUUCUUCGUGUUCAUCCUCCGAAUCAUCAUGAUGGUCAUACCAAUCAUCCUCCGAAUCAUCAUGAUGGUCAUACCAAUCAUCCUCCGAAUCAUCAUGAUCAUUUUCCACCACCACUCGAAAGAGAACAAGACAUUGAACAAGAAAUUGAAGAAUUUAAGGUCGAACAUUGUGAGAAAGCCUUAACUCUCUUCCGGAGAAGUCUCUCCAAACAUCAAGCCACCUUACAGAAAUACCAACAACAAGAUCAACAACAACAACAACAACCAUUCAGGAUGAAAAACAAAGAAGCUUCUUCUAUCUCCUACUUUUCUGUUCAAGAGCAAGAACCAAAACAAGAAACACCUCCUUCUCUUCCUUCUGCUCGUGUAAAGAAGGAAAACAACAACAACAACAACAACAACAACCACCUCUUUGUACGACCUGGAACUCAUCAUCACCACCUCAAGAAUACUCUCGCACUCACUGUAUUCUCAUCGGAUUUAUUUAAAUUACAAUAUACACAUUUUGAAUAUUUGAAGAAUGAUGAAUUUUCUGUUGAUUAUGGAGAGUAUGAAAAGUAUUUUGAUGAUUUAAGCUUUGUUGAGAAUCAGAAUAAUAAGGCCAAGAAGAGUGAAUACAACAUGUUUUCAAGAUAUUAUUUAGAAAUCAUGUCGGAAACAGUGUACAGAAGUAUGGCGGAUAAGAUGUACGAUCGUUAUGGAGAUGAUGAAAUGGUUUGGAACAAGAUGGUACAAGAUUUUAUGAAGGAAUAUGAGAAUGAAUAUGGAUCGUUAUUUCUCCACGUCAUGAAUAAGGAACAGGAGAGUGAGAAGAACCUCUUUAAACGUGAGAGAGCACAAAAAACACAAGAAUGUGAAGGAUCUUUAGAAACCAUGUGGAUCACUACAGCGAAAUCACUUUGUUUCAAAUGCAUGCGAUUCGAUUGUCCCAUUCACAUGAUCGAAUACAAGGCCUGUGUGAGAGAUCCUGCCGAUAAAAGAGUUGUUUUGAAAUUUAAUGACAAGGAAAUUAUUGAAAGAAUACUCGACAAGCUAUUCAAAAAACAGCAUGAAUUGAUAGAGAGCAAACAAAUAACUCUCAUUCCGUGUUGUGAACAUGAAAAUAAGUGUCAUGUCUAUUAUUAUACGCAGCAGUGGUCCUCAACAUCAUCGAUGAAGGUAGCAAGUUAUAAUGAUUGGACUGAAAUUGAUAAGGAACUCGCUCUAAAUAGCAUUUACAUUUAUGGAGAACAAAUUAUGGGCAUUCUAAAUGGCUCACAAACAUCAUUACACAAGAAUAUUUGUCAACAACCCAUUCGAGAUGUUUUUUGCCAAAUUUCGAGACAUCACCGAAAACCAUGCAGUGAAAUUGCACAAUUUUUAAAAGAUUGGUUCUACAAGAAUUCACUCUUGAAACAACACGUGGCAAUGACGACACGUGACAACUCCACCAUUCCAUUAGAAAAACUUCCAACACUGAGGAGGAUGGCACCCUCAUUUCUAAGCCCUCAGGAACAAGCGCUUCUCACUAUACAGACUCCAAAGCGAGUCUCUGAUAGGACUGUUAUAUGCAACAGAAAUCAACCUGUCAUUUACAACCCAUGUCAAUGUGCACUGCUGAAUGUGAGUGAAUGCACGUGUGUGAAAAAUGGAACCUAUUGCACCAAGCUUUGUCACUGUUUCACAACAGACAAUAUGUUUCACAAAGUUUACAAGGACAUGCCAUGUCCAGGUGGAAAAAAGUGUUGGUGUAAAAUAUUUAGUAGAACAUGUAGUGACCAAUGUGGAAGAAAAUGUCACCCAUAUCAGUUUACGAAAAAGUUUUUCAAAAAGUGUGCUGUUGGCCUCAGUCAAAUCAAUGGAUUAGGUUUAUUUACGUUGGAGGACAUUGAAACAGGCUCUCUCAUCAUGGAAUAUGUUGGAGAGUUGGUAUCGUACGAUGAGUUAAAUCGAAGAGACAUUUUAUGUAAGGUUUUCCAAUCGUGUUACGUUUUUGACCUUAAACAGGGACUAGGAGUGGAUGCAUAUAGAAAGGGAAAUGAAUCAAGAUUUGUGAAUGGUGCAGAUAGACCUGUAAAGUUCAAAGGUGCAAAGAAUAACUGCAUGCCCAAAGUGGUAUUUGAUUCAGAAAUGCAUGACUAUAGAAUUGGAAUUUUUGCUCUUGAGAAAAUUAAGGAUCCGAAUUGUUGUUUUCUUAUGGCGACAAUUUCUGGGAUUCCAUGUUAG